CAGGAAACUAGUGAGGGGGUUGGGAUGAUACGUGUGGAUCCUGGAUUUUCUAGCUCCUCUAACUUCAGAUCGGACCGGUGGCGGGGACACCGUGCCAAUGAAACUGGAAUUUAAAAAAAAAAAAAGUGGGGGGAGCAAUUAGGACCAAGCUUUGUGCAGGGUGGGAGCCGCGGACAGGAGACCAGGCCCUCACAGGCACUGACCUCGCCCACAGAGUAAAGUCCAACCGAUUUCCUUGUGGGCGUUUUAAGGCUUUUGAAACUCUGGCCCCUGUCAUUCAUUCAUUCAUCAUUCAUGCAUUUACCAUUGAGUAGCAGGAGCUGGAGUUAGAGAAGUUGGGAUGGCUACUGUCUGGGAGAAUCUAUUACAGGAUGAGCAACUGCUGGAGGAGCUGGCACGGCAGGCCGUAGACCGAGCCCUGGCUGAGGGCGUAUUGCUGAGGACCUCACAGAAGCCCAACUCCUCAGAUGUGGUGAGCUAUGCCCCAUUCACUCUCUUCCCCUCACUGGUUCCCAGUGCCCUGCUGGAGCAGGCCUAUGCUGUGCAGAUGGACUUCAACCUGCUAGUGGAUGCUGUCAGCCAGAAUUCUGCCUUUCUGGAGCAAACUCUUUCCAGCACCAUCAAAAAGGACGACUUUACCGCUCGUCUCUUUGACAUCCAUAAGCAAGUUCUGAAAGAGGGCAUUGCUCAGACUGUGUUCCUGGGUCUGAAUCGCUCAGACUACAUGUUCCAGUGCAACGCUGAUGGCUCCUCAGCCCUGAAACAGAUUGAAAUCAACACGAUCUCUGCCAGCUUUGGGGGCCUGGCUUCCCGGACCCCAGCUGUGCACCGACAUGUUCUCAGUAUACUGAAUAAGACCAAGGAAGCUGCCAAGAUCCUUUCCAAUGAUCCCAGCAAGGGACUGGCCCUGGGGAUCGCCAAAGCCUGGGAGCUUUAUGGCUCAGCCAAUGCUCUGGUGCUACUGAUUGCUCAAGAAAAGGAAAGGAACAUAUUUGACCAGCGUGCCAUAGAGAAUGAACUACUGGCCAGGAACAUCCAUGUAAUCCGGCGAAGGUUUGAAGAUGUCUCUGUAAAAGCCUCUCUGGACCAAGACCGGAAAUUGUUUAUGGAUGGCCAGGAAAUUGCUGUGGUUUACUUCCGGGAUGGGUAUAUGCCCAGUCAGUACAGUCUACAGAACUGGCAAGCACGCCUAAUGCUUGAAAGGUCACGUGCUAUUAAGUGCCCGGACAUUGCCACCCAGCUAGCUGGGACCAAGAAGGUGCAGCAGGAGCUGAGCAGGAGGGGCAUGCUGGAGGCAUUGCUCCCUGACCAGCCCGAGGCUGUGGCCCGCCUUCGUGCCACCUUUGCUGGCCUUUACUCACUGGACAUGGGUGAAGAAGGCGACCGAGCCAUCACGGAGGCCCUUGCCGCCCCUAGCCGCUUUGUGCUAAAGCCCCAGAGAGAGGGCGGAGGUAACAAUCUGUAUGGGGAAGAGAUGGUGCAGGCCCUGGAGCGGCUGAAGGACGACGAGGAGAGGGCCUCCUACAUCCUCAUGGAGAAGAUCGAACCUGAGCCUUUUAGGAACUGCCUGCUACGGCCUGGCAGCCCUGCUCGGGUGGUCCAGUGCAUCUCAGAACUGGGUAUCUUCGGGGUCUACGUCAGGCAGGGAAAGACACAUGUGAUGAACAAACAUGUGGGGCAUCUGCUUCGUACUAAAGCCAUUGAGCAUGCUGAUGGAGGCGUGGCAGCCGGAGUGGCAGUGCUGGACAACCCGUACCCCAUGUGAGGGCACAGUCAGGCUGGCCCAGACUUCACUCAAGAGACCAUCUAUUCUUCUCCUAGCCCUUCCACCAUUGGGGGGGCUGAUCUCUUUUAGGACCUGUAAACACUGGAUGCUUUCUCCCAGCUCUCCCAUCUGAUGACCAGAAAAGCUGUUUCCCUUCGGUGAGAAAGGCCCCUAAAUCAUCAGGGUAUGAGUACAGUAAAAGAAAGCUGCUCUGAGAUUAGGGUUCAUUACCCUGACACCCUCCUCUCGCCUUUUAAGCAGUUUCCCAUGUCUGACUUAGGAUAGGACUAAGGUCAGAGGAGGGACAUAGCCUUCCCCCACCUCUGCCUUAAAUAAAACUACAUUGCUGAUGCUGUGAGUCCUUGGUUUAUGACUUAGGGAAGGAGGAACUAUAAGUCAGCCUACUUACGUUGUAUUGUGAAGCAGAGAGCUGUCUGGACUGUAAUCAGGGUCCCCCUAGCCCCAGACCAUGUGGGUAGGACCCUAGGUACCCACAAAUGGUCUCACAGGAUCAUAGGGAGGACAGAGAGUCCAUAGCAAGAGCCCAAAGAGAAACCAACAUAACGGGACAUCACAGUUGUGAGCUGGCUUCACUGCUUCCCUGCACUGCUCCAGGGCUUGUCAAAGGGCCCCUAGUAAAGCCCUGCCCAGCUUUCCCUAAAACAAAAGUUUUGCAAGUAGGAUAUUGGGGUAUUUCUGAGGUAAACCACUCCCCUUCCCACCUCACACACAGAUCAAAGCAGCUAGCAAGUAUAUAACCAGUAAGCUACCUGAGAAAAUAAGUCACCACCUUUUUGGGGUCACAGACUUUAUUCCUACAACACAGGCUCUGAACAUGACCAGGACAAGCAAAGAGUAUCAUCUGAGAGUGUCUCAUGGGCAGGGCUCCAUUAAGGGGAGGGUGGGUGUGGAGGACAAGGAAAAUAAGCUCCUCUGGCCUUAGCAACAAAUCACAUCUACUGCAAAGAAGCAGAUGAUCUGAAAACCCUCUGGAGACUGAGCCUGCCCGCACAGCCCCUAGAGCACAUGGGCAGACAGCACUGCCAUCUGGCACAAAGGAGAAUUCAGACCCAGAACAAAAGCAGCAAAGUGUUAAAAAAAAAUAGUUAUUCCAGGACUCAUAAACAGGCAUUUCUAAGGGCAAGUGCAUGCCCAAGAUAAGUACUAGUGCUUCCUGAGAAAGCUGAUGUAGGAUUAGGACUACUUUCUGACUUCAGCUCAGCUCUCACUUGCCCUCUGAACCUUCAUCUGAGGUUGGGGAUGUGACCUUCAGGUCCCUGUUCUGAGCUCCAAGGGCUCCUUGCAGCCUGGGGGCACAGCAACCUAAGGCUGACUUGGGCCCUAUCCCAUCUGCCUGGCACAGGAAGUUGCUUCCACCCAGGGGCAAAGCUGGUCCUCGGUCUUAGUCAUCUGGUCCAGGGAGAUGAUAUGGGUCAGCACUGGCCCUCAGUGCUCUGGGAUGGGGCAAGGAGAAUGGGCUAAAUUUGGAGCCAAGCAGGAGAAAUCCUGGGUAAAGGGCAGGGUCUUGUUCACUGGCUGGUCAGGCAACGGUGGCUGAAAAGCUGGCUGAUGACGGAUGGGUCAGCCACAGUAGAUGUGUCCCCCAGGUUGUGGUCAUUCUGUGCGAUCUUCCGAAGCACCCUCCUCAUGAUUUUCCCUGAGAAACCAUAGGCCUCUGGUUACCGAUUGACAGCACUGGCCCACUCCAGGGUGCCCAAGGCAUCCAUUCAUACCCACUCCACCACCACUGGCCCUCAGACAAUCCCAGUUCCAACCCCUUGAGACCUCUGAACAUACCUGAGCGUGUUUUAGGCAAGCCAGGUGCAUUCUGGAUGUAAUCUGGUGUGGCAAUGGGGCCAAUCUUUUCUCUAACUGUAAGAGAGAAAUCAUUAAACAUUUCUUCAGUGCUCUUAGCCAGAUUCCCUAAAACCAAGGUAGAGGUGCUUUUAUUUCCAACCUAUUUCCAGUUCAAGGUCUUGCCCACAGUCAUUCUUAGACUUACUGCCUCUCCAUCCCUUUGCAAUCUCAUUUUACCUUAAUCUCUCUUUAGGAAACUCAAGCUCUAGAAAUAACCUGCUAGAAUUGAAAUCCUACUUUACUACCAGUGUAGCUUUGACAGGUGCUUUCACUUCUAUAAGCCUUAGUUUUUUCAUUUUAGAAUGAGGGUAACAAUAGGAUCUCUUUCUUGGGGGUGAUUAUAGGGAUUAAAUGGAUUAAUUCAUUUAAAGCAUUUAGCUCACUGGUGUCACAGAGAAAGAAUUCUAUAAAUGUCAGCUAUUAUUAUCCUAGAGGUGCGAUUAGUGGAGACUGAGUGGGAAGAGGGCAGUGGAUCCCCUAAAGCCCCCUAGAAUGUUUGUGCUUUGGGGAGAAGCUUGCUCUAGCUCCUCCCUAACAAACUACUGUGGUAGCUGGGCUAUCAGGACAGACCCUGCAGUCCCUGCCUAGGGCAGCUCCUCACUCUGUUUCCUUAGCUCCUCGGUGAGGGUGGUGUUGAAGACGUGGCCAUCGCAGAGGGUGACAAAGCAGUAGAGACAUUCUCCCUUUACAGGAUGUGGGUGGCCGACCACGGCUGCUUCAGCAACAGCAUCAUGUUCCACUAGUGCCGACUCCACCUCGGCCGUGCUCAACAGGUGCCCUAACAGGGAAAGGAAGUGCCAUGAGAGAGCUCUCAGCCUCUAUCCCAGCCCCUGCUCCAUCUGUGGCCACACGGUCCCUGGUCAAAUGGGCAGGUCAUUCUUUUCCUCAUGUGACAUGCUUCCGGUGGUCUCACCAUCCCAGUUCCGCUCUGCUAGGCACAUUCUAGUGUUAUUAAACCUGAGCCCACAACUGAAGGCCGCACCACAAGCACGGUCUAAACAAAGGCAGUCUUGAUCUCUUGGAAGGCUUUGGUUGGGAGUUGCUAGGAGAGUGGGGCUAAUGUGAAGGGAAAGUGACCUUUGGUCCUCACCAGAUACAUUCAGCAUGUCAUCAAUCCUGCCAGUGAUCCAGUAAUAGCCAUCCUGGUCCCGCCGGCAGCCUGGGAAGAGAAGACAUGCACAACAUAAGGCAGGAUCGUGACCCACGCUACCAACUGUCAUGCCCACUGAGCCUCCUAGCAAAUCUACUCUUGCCCUCAGGGUAACCAGGCUCCAAGGUGGCCACACUGAUGUCCACCUUCUGGUAUUCAUUAUCCUGUACAACAGUUAGCAAAACUUUGCUUAUUUUAUACAUGGAAAUAUCCCCUAUGCUUAGAUCAGUACAUAGAUAUAGUAGGUGCUCAACAAAUAUUUAUGGAUGAAUGAAUUGGGUGAUGGACAGGCUCCAAACAUGAGGGGCAUACAUGACCUAGUAAUACACAGUGCCACAUGCCACAUGUCUUUUUAGCACAGGAACAGUGGGAAAUAUUUGUUUCAUUUCAUACAUCAGAUAUGCCUGAUGGCACCAUGCUAAGACCCUUCCUGCAAUACUCAUUGCUGCUCUUAUAUAUAGACUUUCUCUGUACUUCUCUCUAGACACUAGACAUUGACAUAUAGAGCACACUUUUUUUUUUGUUUUUCUUCUUCCUUAACCAUCUCUUCCUGAAAAUGAAAGGGGAAGCUACAGUCUUGGAGGUAGAUAUGGGAUAGGCUAGACAAGGCUCACCAUCUCCUGUCACGUAGUACCCAGGGAACUUCUUAAAGUAAGUGGCCUCAAAGCGUUCAUGGUUUCUGUAGACUGUGCGCAUGAUCCCUGGCCAGGGUUGCUUGAAUACCUAAACAGAGAGGAAGGCACAAUGGUGUUAUCUGCUAUGCACUCUGGCUUAAAUAUAGUCACAGCUUUUUCCUCUGAGGAGAAAUGGUGUGAAUGCCAUUCUUGAGAAAAGUGCAAUUCGGAAGUAAGACAUUUCGGGCUUGGAAUCCCAACUCUGCUAUUUACUAGUUGUGUGGUCUUGGGUAGAGAACUUUACCUCUCUGAGCUUUAGAAUCCUCAACUAUUAAAAAAAAAAAAUCUUCUAUCUCUGAAAGUUAUUGUAGAGGAUUAUAUUAGUAGUAUCUGGAAAUAGCCUAGCACGGUGUUCUGUCAGUGAUAAUCACUUAGUAAAUUUGAGUCUCCUUUUUGGUAAUCCCUCAAGAAAGCAGGUCCAGUUUGAUACAAAUGAAAACAGUCAUAUAAAAAAGUGGGACCCACACAUGAUGAAAUAAUUAUCACACCAAUUAAUAACAUCCUGUGGCAGCAGAAUAAUGGAAUUGGCAGAAUUCUAGGCUAAGAGUCAAAAGGGCUAGACUCAAGUUCUGCCCUGUGACCAACUUGUUAGUAAAACUGAAGAUGGGUAGAGAGAGUAGGGCUGAUGGUCUCCCUGCAAUACCCAAUACAAUAAUCACUACAAUAGCUGACAUUUAUCACACACUGUUAAGUUCUGUGCCAAACCCUUCACAUGUAUUAUUUAAUCAACCCAAUAACCACAGAAGAUAAAGAUACUAAUAUAACCCUGUUUAGGUUCAAAGGGUUUAGGUAACUUAUAGUCUAUAUGAGUUUCUAUUAUGUUAUGAAGCCUCCUUUCACACUAGAAUGUUUGUCAAAGGAGGAGCUGGGACAAAGUCUCUAGACCCAAAAAAAGUACCAUCAAGAAUAUUUGAGCAGGGGCCUCCCCUGGUGGCGCAAUGGUUG